UGUGACCGUCGCCGUCACUCAAUCACUCAUUUGCUAAAAAAGGUAGAGAACAUAAACGGGAAAUGUUGGCAAAUUACAACUGAUAAAAUACGUGUAACGGUUUCGGCCAUAAAAUGUUUGAUAAAUUAUAGAAAUUGCGGCCGAUAACACAUACGGUGUAAGAAUAUUGAGUGGAAUUAGGUGUUUAUCUGUUUACAUAGUCAGAACUACUGCUGAUCACUAAUGCCGUCGGGUGUCAUGAAAACCUAUUCGUAGAGAAAGGAGAGUUUUUGUGAACUAGUGUUUUUUGUGGCACCAGGUCUUGAUAAAGUGUAAUUGGUAAUGGAAUAAUCAUUAUUUGGUUCAGGAGAGUGACCUGCUGAAAAAAGUGACUUGUUUCAAAAUUCGUUCUAUGUAAACACAAGUUACAAAAGAGUAUUCAUACGCGGUUUAGCGAAUUUUGCAACCAUCACUAGAGCGUGAAAACCGUGUCAGGCUCGUAUCCUCAGAGUAAACACUUAAUUAGGUCCACCGUCACUGCAAAGUGGUAUUAUAAACAAAAUGGGUGAAUAAUUUCAACAAAAAGAUAUAUUAUGGCAUCGGGUACAUCAUCCUUAGAAAGCAAUGGUAGCAAUGAGUCAAUAUCCCAUGGUUACGCCAGCAAUGAGAGGCAUAAUAACAGUCAGAUAUCAUCUAUUCCGCUACCGAUUGAGUAUGAAGUGUUGUCGAAUGCACAAUGCUACGACAAGCCUAAAUACUCCAGUCACACUCACACCAUGAGUGCUCCAUAUGAGCUUGGCCAGUAUGACGUUAUCAACAAAGCCAACGAAAACCUGAAACAGCAAUAUGAGAAGGCAUUGCACGAUUUGAGCCAACUCCGGAAACAACAUACGGAAAAAUCCAGGAGAUACGAACAUGUUAUGAAGGAGUUGGAGUAUGUCCGCGGUCAGCACCGGGCUGUAAUGAACCAGUUGGAGGUGUCAGCACAGGAGGCCAGCAGUCUCCGUGGGAAAUAUGGCGACCUGCUUAAUGACAAUCAACGCCUCGAGCGUGAAGUACAGCAUCUACAGCAGAACAGCACCUCAGAGACACCGGAUGCCCUCGUCCACACCCUGCGCAACUACGAGGCUCUCAAAGAGGAGUACCAGUGUUUCCAGAAGAGGUAUGACGAUCUCAUAGAAACUCACAACAGCACAGUGGAGAAGCUACAGAUGGUUCAGGAGGAGAACAGCAGGCUCAAAACCCAGUGCCACGACCUCACACAGGAGAGGAAUGUUGUUAUCCGCGAGCGAAACGCGCUCAAGCAGCAGGUGGCGUGCGUGGUUCGGCAGUGGGAGGGCGGCGGGCGCGAGCGCGACAUCAAGCGGCUCACCGACGAGCGCAACGCCGCCAUGGCCGAGUACACGCUUAUCAUGAGCGAGCGGGACACCGUACACAAGGAGAUGGAGAAGCUAUCUGACGAUCUGCAGGCGGCGCUAAAGCGUGUUGCGGCGCUCGAGGCGGCGCUGCAGGCGUCUAGAGACGAGCAAAGAGCUGCUGCCUUACAGGCGGAGAGCCUGCGUCGUGAGAUCGAGUCUGCACUGGUGGAGCGCGACCGCGCGAUCAAGGAGUGCACCGACCUCAAGACGCCGCACAACGCGCCCGCACCUAACAAACGACAAGACAGUUCGUCCUACCACCACCAUCUGGCGAGCGGCGGCGCGGAGUUCAGCGGUCAGCACUCCAACGACCCCUCCAUGGAUAAACUGCAAGUUGUAGACGCAGUGGACAAGGAGCGAGUAGACAAUCUCGAGCAGGCGAACCAGGAGAUAGAGAGACUGCGGCAGCGCGCGGAGCGCAUGCGCGCUGAACUCGCCGAUGCGCAGAGAGAAGCCGAGGUGUCAAAGAGAAGACGAGACUGGGCGUUCUCAGAGCGAGACAAACUGUUGCAAGAAAGAGAAAGCGUCAAGGCACUCUGCAACCGGCUCAGAAAGGAGCGCGACCAAAUAGUCGGUGAAUUAGCAGAGGCGAGGCGCCACGGCGGCAAGAGGGACGCACGUACGCCGCCCCCCGCGCCCGCCAGCGCGCACGUACAGGACUUCGAAUGGGAGAGCAUCGAGGUGGAGCUGAGCGGUGCGGGCCCGCUGGGGCUGGUGCUGGUGGGCGGGCGCGACGACCCCGCCUACCCCGACGACUACAGCGUGUACGUCGCCGCCGUGCAGCGCGGCUCGCUCGCCGACGGCAAGCUCAAAGUGCUAGACCGCAUAGCGGAGGCGUGCGGCAGCGGCGCGUGGGCUCGCGGCGCGGCGUGCGCAGCGGCGCUGCGAGCGGCGGCGGCGCGCGGGCCCGUGCCGCUGCGGAUACAGCGUGCGCGUGCCGCACGAGCGCUGCUGCGGUUGGCUGCUGCGCCUGCUGCUAUACAGCUGCAGCAUGGUAUAUUCAUCAGUAAAAUCGCGUGCGGCAGCGUCGUCGCUAAAGAAGGCAAUGUGUACGUCGGCGAUCGGGUUGUCAGCAUCAACAACCGCUCGCUAGAGGGCGUGAGCAGCGUGGGCGAGGCGGAAGCCCUGCUCAACGACAGCCAGUACGACUCCGUGUUGCUGACAGUGCUGCGACCCCUGUACCCGUGCUGCGACCCGCGCACCAGGCUCUCUCUUCUGGACCACUCUUACGAGGAGGGCAAGAAGGAUGAGGCGUGGCAGUUCGUGCCGCCGCCGCCUGAUAACAAGCCGCACGGUGAGCUGUCUUGCGCGAGCGGGGGCGGAGACUUGGACCGGCGAUACGUGUACCACGUGGCUGCGGGCAGCCAGGGCAAGAUACAUCAGGAGAAAGGCACAUGGGACAUGAUCAGGGGCAAGAUCGAGGCGGUCACCGGCCGCAGCAAGAGCAAAGACAAACAGAACAAGGUGCCCGAGUCUGAUGCUAUUGCGGAAUUGGAUUCAGUGAUUGAAAGUUACCACGGAAAAACAAUAAAAGAAACCAGUAGCGUGCUAAAACGAUCGCGGCGGAAAAACAAGGAGGCGCAGAAUGACGCUAAAAAUGGCGGCACCUGGCCCAAAGCGCGUGCCAACUUCAUACUAGAGGACAAUGCGACGGGCACCAUCGUGCAGCCGCGAUCGCGAAAAGAGAGGCCACCGUUAUCAAUACUCCUGAGUCCCCCCACCAAACUACCCCCAGAACCCCAGAGGUCGAAUACCAAUCGUAACUCCAAUCCCAUCCCCCUGGGUCACGUGCCGCUGACGCAGCUAACAGCUCCUGCGAGACACUCAGUCUAUACCUCCAUAGCGACCAGUCCCGCCGUAGAACACUUUCCCAAACCCGCUCCAUUAGCUAUACACAACCCUUUCCCAAACAUGAGCUUCGAGAAGAAUCGCACGCUGGAAAAGUCCAAGAUGUCGAUUGGAGACUACGAGCAGGAUGCUGCCAAUCGUUUAAGCCUCGUUCUCAACCCGUCCGACGAUUCCCUGUUCUAUCAAACCAACUCUCGAAAUAGGACGAAAAGCCCCCACUCCUUAGACUUCAUGGUUAACAAGGGUCCCAGCUCUUUGGACUUCGUGUCUCGCAAAUCGCCAAGCUCGCUGGAGCAUUCCAUAAAAAACCAUACGGGAAAGGAUAUACUGGACCAGUAUUAUUCUUCAAAGAAGGCGUGCUCGCCGAAAACGGUGAAUAAGUAUCCGUCAGAUAGCGACAGCUUCGGACCUGAUAGUCUAAACAGCAACGCGAACUUUCCGAUAGCGGGGACUCUACCCACGCAGUCCCGCCUCCAGUCUCAAUACUACCGCGGGCCGUUCACGAACUCGAACCCGCACUCCAGCCGCUACCCUCACCUGUCCAGCCCCACCGAUAUGCCCCAGUCGCAAUCAGGCGAGAGCCUCGGCGCUCCCUACGAUAUGUCGUUCCCGUCGCACGCGCACAACAUGUCUGACCUGCAGCCCGUGCCGCGCGCUGCCCGGGACUAUCCCCACGCUUACGAGGGGGGUACCUUUCCGAGGAAGAAGGAAAACCAAAGGUUCCGGAUCCCCUCCAACCCUAGCGUGACGUCUAAAAACUCGGCGGGGAAACUCAGCACGGGCUCCAUAGAGCGGAGCUCGGAGCGGAACUCCCCCAUGCCGACGUUUCAUGUCGAGGUGCUGAGUCCAGGAAGAGGCGCCAAGCAGUUAGCUCACAAGACGAGGAACUCCAUGCCCGAGUACUGCGGCCUGGGCUGGAACAAGCCGCUGCCGGGCGAGCUGCGCCGAGUCCACAUCGAUAAAAGCCAGCAGCCGCUCGGCAUCCAGAUAUACUGCCCGCCCAGCGGCGGAGGAGUGUUUGUCUCGACGGUCAACGACAACUCCUUAGCCAGCCAAGUUGGCCUGCAAGUUGGAGACCAGCUUCUCGAAGUCUGCGGCAUCAAUAUGCGCUCGGCGACUUACACGCUGGCCGCGUCAGUACUGCGGCAGAUCGGCAACUCCAUCACGAUGUUGGUCCAAUUCAGCCCGGAGAAAUACAAGGAUGAGAUGGAAGUUCCCGGAACUUCGGACUCGGGGGAGAGCUCGCACGACGAGGAGGUUUCUCUCUCGGGCUCACCAACUCCUCGAAAUUCUCCCGGCCCGCAGCAAUCUUUGCGAAUGGAUAUGCCAUCCACCGACGUCUCGACUCUCCGGCAAUCUCAAGGGAAGGACCUCCCCAGAUUUUUACGUAUCGAGAUGAGGAAUUGCUCGGAUUUGGGCAUCAGUUUAGUGGGAGGGAACGCGGUGGGCAUAUUCGUGCACAGCGUGCAGGUGGAUUCGCCCGCAUAUAUCGCGGGGCUGCACACUGGCGAUCAGAUACUGGAGUACAAUAACGUGGACCUCCGACAUGCUACAGCGGAGCAGGCGGCUUUGGAGCUAGCGAAACCGGCUGAUAAGGUGAACGUAGUAGUAGUAGCGGCAUUAGCGCUGUACCACGAGGUGAAAGACAAGCCUGGCGAUGCGUUGUACGUGCGCGCGGGCUUCGACCGCAGCGCCGCCGCCUUGGGCCUCGACGCCGACGAGUACGCGCUGUGGUUCCGACGAGACGAGGUGCUGUUCGUCGACAACACGCUGUAUAACGGCGCACCGGGGCUGUGGCGGGCCUGGCAGCUCGACAGCAAAGGCCUGAAGAGACAGUGGGGAACUAUACCUAGCAAGUUCAAGGUGGAGGAAAUCCUCCGUCGCUCAAUGGGUACGCUGGACUCGGACGCCGCUCGCCGCGCCAGCAGCACAGCACGUAGAUCGUUCUUCCGCCGCAAGAAGCAUCGAGACAGCAAGGAGCUGGCGUCGUUCUCCAACACCGAGCUGGGCUGCUGGAGCGACUCGGGCACGCUGGCGGAUGAUAACCCCCCGUUGUCUUACCAGCGAGUCGAGCGGCUGCACUGUAAGUACACUAUAGAUGGUAGCCGGAGACCAGUAGCAGUUCUUGGACCUUUACGGGAGUGUGUUGGGCUGAAACUGCUGACGGAUUGGCCGCAUGUGUUCGCGCGCGCCCGCCCAGAGCCGCGAACACUCAGAGAACUUGCGGAUAAGGGUAUCCACUGCAUCAUAGACGUCACGGUGCCCAUAAUAGAAAAGCUCCACAAGCACCAGAUAUACCCCAUCGUGCUCUUCAUCAAGUUCAAGUCGUUCAAGCAGAUCAAGGAGGUGAAAGAUGCACGGUACCCCGCAGAUAAGGUAUCGGCAAAGGCGGCCAAAGAGAUGUACGAACACGGCCUAAAAGUCGAGAACGAGUAUAGGAAUUAUAUCUCAGCUGAGAUACCUGCGGGCGUGAACAUCGCGUACAUGUGCACGCAGAUCAAGGAGGCGGUCGAGGACGAGCAGAACAAGACGCUGUGGGUGCCGUCGGCGCAAGCCUGACCCCUGCCCCCCGCGCCUCCGCCCCCCGCGCCACCCCGCCCCCCGCCCCGCCCGCGCGC